AUGGUAAAAAAUCCUGAGACACAAGAAGAGUAUACUAUAGCCUGUGAUGAAUUUUAUGCUUUAUUUAAGAAACAUUACUCACAGUAUAUUGGAAUAAUCGAUCAAGCCAAAUGUACUCCACCAUAUGAGGA